UGCUCCAUUUGCAUUUCUCGGUACAGUCGGUCGGGUCGUCCGUUUGGUGAUCUUAAUUUAGCAUUGUCGGAUAACUUCUGUAAACAUGUCUGGAAGAGGCAAGGGCAGCAAGAAUAAGACUAAAUCUAAAACAAGAUCAUCUCGAGCUGGGCUGCAAUUUCCUGUGGGACGAGUACAUCGGCUUCUAAGAAAAGGCAAUUAUGCUGAGCGUGUCGGAGCAGGUGCACCAGUAUACCUCGCAGCCGUAUUAGAGUACCUCAGUGCUGAAGUACUUGAAUUAGCGGGAAAUGCUGCCAGAGAUAAUAAAAAGAGCCGAAUAAUACCUCGUCACUUACAGCUUGCCAUUAGAAACGACGAAGAAUUAAAUAAGCUACUUGGAGGAGUAACAAUAUCCCAAGGAGGUGUGAUACCAAAUAUUCAAUCCGUGCUUUUACCGAAAAAGACUGGAAACAAACCAAUGUCGCAAAGCAUUUAAUUUCUAAUGCGUUUUGUUUUGAACUGCUAUACACAAUUUUAAGUGUUAGUUGAGGUACGUUAACUAAUCUCAUAAAUACAUCUAAUACAGUGCACAUAAGAAUAA